AUGCACACAUACGUGUCUGACACACCAGAGGCCUACUGGGCUUACAUCCCUGGGCCGUCUUCCAACUGCUUCCUGUAUUUUCAUAACCUGGGACAAAACGAGAGCACCGAGGACGAGCAGGAUUUCAUGAAGACCCUUAACUACACACCCCACUUCAGCCACUUCAAGAACCGCAAGACCAUCACCGCUGUGCGCAGUCUCCUCCUACAGAAGAAGCUCCACAAGUCUGAGCUGGCCAGUUUAGCAAACCUGCGUCCUGAAGCUGCAGAGGAGGCCAAAGCCCUGAUCCCUGGUUUGGAUGGGCGGUUUGAAGACGAGGAGCUGCAUCAGAUCCUCAACGACAUCCAGACCAAGAGAAGCUUCCAGGACACAAUCUGGACAACUACACAAACUUUUGACUUUGCCUCGGCAGACUGCUUCAGCCGGCAGGCACAGAGCCAGCUGUGAUGGCUGCGAUGUAAUCCUUGGGGCAGCAGUGAUUGGUCAAAG